UUUGUCUCAGUCAUUCACUUGUAAUAUAUACAGUCACACAUCAAGCCACUUGAAAAAUUUCCUUGAUUUCAUUUUUGGUUUUAAUGUUUCAGUCAUGCAAAUCAUUCAAAUGACCAAAUGACAGAAAAUAAGAAAAAUAAAUAUAAACAGUGGUAGUAAAAAAAGAACAACAAAAGUAAAUGGAGUAUGUAACAAAGUGUUUUGCAUGACGCAUUUCAUUUGACAAGUUUUCAAAUCAAUCGGGAAAUAAAAAAAUAAAUAUUUAUUGUUGGUGUAUAUGUCCAAAAUCCAAAUGGAAGUGACGAAAUAAAUGGAUAUUAUUUCUAAUUGAAAAAGAAAUUCAAAGAGUUUCCCAAAAAAAUUAACUUUCUUGCUGUGAGAGCAUAGCAGAUACAAAAACAUUGGUUGCUAUUUAGUAAAACUUAGACUGAAAUCUUUCGCCUACAAUAAAUCGGUCGUAAGAAAAUUGGUUACACAUAUUUUGAACGUUUGAUUUUAGAUAACGUGUUGAAUAAAAUAUAAAUUUGUUCACAAAUAAAUGAUACAAACGUAUAUCUCAAAGUUAAAAAUUGUUCAAAUUCUUUUUGGAACCAAUACGAAACAUUUUCAUAGUCAGUGUUUCAUUAUUAUAUUGAUAUAUGAAAAAUAAUAAGUGGAGAAAAACAUCAAAAAAUUUGGCAUACACUUCCCUUUCCUUUCUUUUUUCUCUUUUCGAUCUGUCAACUAAAGGCUGUCGAAACUAAGCUAGUUUAUCAAGUGUGAUAGAGAGUAUAGAAAAAUGGAUAUUGGAAAAAUGUUGACACUGAAGUAAUGUAUAAUGAAGUAAAAUAAGUGAAUUUAAUAAACAAGACAGCCGCUGCAAUAAGAGAAAAAAAUAUUGAAUAGCAAAUGAUUUGCCAAUAAAUCAUAUACCAAACAUAAGCCAACUAUCUUCGCGUAUUUUGGACUGUGUGUGUUUUUUUCUACUUUCAAAAAGUUGGCUACUCACUGUGGAAUUCAACCUGAAUUUACAUACCUAUUUAAUAUACAUGAAUUGCUAAUGUGAAUGUGCGAACCAAUAUAUUUCUUAAGACGUGAAAUCGAAAAAUAUACAACAACUACAACUACAUUUUUUUGGUUGAUGCUGACGAAUUUUUACUUAUCACAUUGACUAGUUCUGAGACUUAAACGAUUGUUCGCAGCCUGCUAUAAACUGUGUGCUAUGAUCGCAUGAAUGAUUCAAAAGAUAAAAACAUAAACGUAAAUAUUUGAUAUUCUAUGACAGAACUUCGAACUAAGGAAUGAAAAGGACGAUUUUCUAUAAAAACCGCUUUAAUCUCACUACAUUAGUCCGAAUAAAAUUGUGUAAAAUCCGCGUUUAUUUAUCUUGAAUUGUUUACGUUGGUGUCUGUCCUUUAUUCAACUUGAAUGAUUUAAAUAGCCUGACAAUUUUGGAAAUAUGAGUUGGGGAACGGAGCUUUGGGAUCAAUUUGAAAACCUUGCAUCGCAUACGCAUAAAGGAAUAGACUUUUUGGAUAAAUAUGGAGCAUUCGUCCGAGAUCGAUGUACAAUUGAAAUGGAAUAUGCAUCGAAAUUGAGACGACUUGUGAAAAAUUAUCAGCCAAAGAAGAAAGAAGAAGAAGACUACGAGUUUACAUCAUGGCAAGCAUUUCGAAAUGUUUUACGUGAAAUAGGUGAUUUGGCUGGUCAGCGCGAAGUCAUUGCUGAACAAUUGCAAGCUCAAGUUAUCAAUGCCAUUACACUUUUGUCAAAAAAUCUACGUGAUGAACGAAAAAAGGCGUUAAAUGAUGGCUCUACCUAUCAACAAAAUUUGGCCUUACAAAUAGGUGCACUUGAACGGGCCAAAAGAAACUAUGAAAAAUCUUAUCGAGAUGCCGAAAAAGCGGUCGAUAGCUAUCAACGUGCAGAUGCUGAUUUGAAUUUGAGUCGAGCUGAAGUGGAAAAACAACGGCAUAAUAUGGCGUCCAAAAACCAGCAAUCGGACGAUUCGAAAAAUGAAUAUGCCAAUCAAUUGCAAAAAACAAAUAAAUUGCAACAACAACAUUACGAAGUAGCAAUUCCCGAUGUAUUCAAUCGUCUGCAAGAAAUCGAUGAAAAACGAACAGGUGGAAUGAAAGAGUUUAUUAAGCGUUCAGCUGACGUUGAACUAUCUGUAGCGCCAAUUAUUGCCAGAUGCUUAGAGGGUAUUAGUAAAGCCGCUGAGUCAAUAGAUGAAAAAGAGGACUCACAAAAAGUUGUUGAAAGAUAUAAAUCUGGUUUCACACCUCCUCAAGAUAUCAAAUUCGAAGAUCUUUCAAAAAUGGAUCCAGAUUCAGCAAGUCCUUCGGAAAUCAGCAGCAAAGUUUUCAAUCACCAUACAUUGAAAUCAACUAUAAGCGCCACAAAGCUCAAGAAACGACCAGGUUUUUUCUGGAUGUUCAACAGUAACAAAAAUAAUUUAUUAACGGAUGGUACAAAGGAGGACUACAGUGAUUUACCGCCAAAUCAACGGCGUAAAAAAUUAACUGCAAAGAUUCAAGAAAUUCAACAAAAGAUCCAAUCAGAAACAGCCGCUCGGGACGGUUUAAUGAAAAUGAAAGUUGUUUAUGAAGCAAACUCUCUCUUGGGUGAUCCUAUGACAGUAGAGGGUCAAUUGAAUGAGUCUGAACAUAAGCUGGAAAAAUACAAAUCAGAAUUAGUUAAAUUUCAAACGUACUUGGAGCAGGCAAAUGCUAUGCAACAUAGUCCACAGUCAAACCGAAAUCAACAAAACUCACAAAGUACUACGAGGCAUUCCAAUGGCUGUAAUGACGAUGGCGAAGAUCAACCAGAUGAUGGUCAAAGUUUGAGUCGAUCAGCGUCCGAAAAUAGUGUAGCUCAGAACAACGAAUCAAUCAAUGGCUCAUCAGCAAGUCCUGAAAGCGGAUUGGGAACAUCCCAUACAUCUUUGCAUGGCUCCGGCCAAGAAGGUACUAACGAACAAAUAAUAAACGAUGAUAUGUAUUACGAAGUGGAGCCACUUCAACCAUUGGGUAUUUGUAAGGCAUUGUACGCUUUUGAUGCAACUAGCGAAGGUAGCAUUCCAAUGGCAGAAGGUGAAGAACUGCAUGUUAUUGAAUUGGAUCAAGGUGACGGUUGGACGCGGGUUCGUCGUAUUACUGACAAUUCUGGUUGGGAAGAAGGAUGUGAGGGUUUCGUUCCAACAUCCUAUAUUGAAAGCACUUUGUAUGCAUGAAAUGCUUAAGAGAACAAAAAAGAACUACAUACGGAGGAAGAUAAUCUAACAAAAAGAAAACAAUGCAAGAAUAUAUUUUCAUUGAAUUUAUUCAACUUGUCUAGAUUGAAGAAAACCCAUAACGAUCAAUAACUAGCCCAACAAAAUAUUUAUUUUAAGUUUAGAUGAACGAACUAAAAUAUUUUUUAUUAAAACAUUAAAUUCUGAA